GGGUAGUUGUUUGUCACCACUCGAAUGACACGGUCGAAAGUCAACGAUGCGUCUUCUAGACUUCCCUUUUUGGUUAAUUUUUAUUGCCCGUGUUAGUCACCAAGCAAUCCCAUCUUAUUACGGAUCCUGGUCCUCCCAAUGGAGUGUUCGGGGUGAACGUUGUGACGUUCACUUUGGCGUUCAGUCCGACAUUCCAAUAUUAGCUCUAGAAUCAUUUUUCGACCUGAACCACAGCACAGUUCUGAGUCCACAAGGUCUUCUAAGUGGCCACUGCGACGAACUACCUCAAUGUCCAGCGUGGAAAACUAUUGAACGGAAUCCUUCACGAUGGACGCAGCCUAUACUGCGUAAACUACGGUGCGGAAAAUCCAAAAAUCGAAUCAUGUUGUACUGCUGCCCGGAAGUUAAAAUGGCUGAUGACACGACACGCAUAGUUUUCCCAGACGAAUUACCACCUGAGGAGAAUACAGAAAACUUAGCAAUUCCGUACAAUCAGCACCCAAAUCGUCAUCUCCUCCCCGGCUUGAAUCGGAGCGACUGUUUGUCUCAACCGUUGGAAAUGCCGUCCACGCGAAUCAUGGGCGGAAAGAAGGCCCAUCUUGGACAAUAUCCUAUGGUUGUCCGGCUGGCCUACAAACCCAUUGACCGAGAACAAGAAAGAAAAGAAGACUUGAACCAGUCUCGGGACCUUGAUGACGACGGUUUCUCCCAGCAAAUUGAUUUCCGGUGCGGAGGCGUCCUCCUGAACGACCGCUACGUACUGACAGCUGCUCACUGCCUGCGGGAUACCACCCAUCGAAUAUACAUGGUACGAUUGGGAGAGCUCGAUGAACGUUCCAAUCCGGACUGCGAACCGACCUUUGCAGAACAUGUUAUGUCGUGUGCGGAUAAAGUUCUCGACAUCCCCGUCAUCGAAUCCAUCGUUCACGAGAAAUUUGAUGUUCCGUAUCGCCAGAACGACAUUGCCCUUUUAAGGCUAAACACAUCGAUCAAGCCGACUGAUUGGAUACGACCAAUUUGCUUGCCGUUUGAUUGGCGGCCGUUACGUCACUCACCGAUCUCCGCGGACGAUCCAGUUCUGGUUGGAUGGGGUCGCGAUGAUUCAUUUCAGUCUUCUGAAACGUUGCAACAAGUACGUCUGAACUGGUACAACACGUCCGAGUGCCGUUCAGUCUACGGCAACGCCUAUCCCAAAUCCAUCUCCAUCUGCGAGUCAUCCCAAUUUUGUUUGGGCGGCGGUGAAGAAAGUGGACGCCGUGCUGAUGCGUGUCAGGGUGACUCUGGCGGACCGGUUUUGUUGACUGACACGUCGUCGGUCAGCAACAGACUUGCUGGGGGCAACCAUCAAAGAGAGAAAGUCUAUGCGGUCGGUAUCAUUUCCUUCGGUCCGUGGAUGUGCGGCAAUUCAUAUCCGUCGGUCUAUACUUCGAUUCCCGCAUAUCUCAACUGGAUUUUGGAUAACAUCGCUCCAUGAAAUCCUCGUAUAAAUUACCCAAUCUCAAUUAUUAUCUCACAUUACCCAUUUCAGUUGUUAUGUAACAGUGCUGGAAUAACCAAAUGUAAGUCAA